AGCGGCGGCCGGCCGGCCGGGCCACGCGGGCGGCGGCUGCUCGGGCAGGUCGGGGCAGGCCGGCGGGCGGGGCGGCGGGAGCCGAGCGGCGCCGCGCGGAGCCAGCGAGGACAGCGGGCCCGCCCGCCGGUGCCUCACUCCCACCGCCAUGGCGGGGCCGCGGGGCGCGCUGCUGGCCUGGUGCCGCCGCCAGUGCGAGGGCUACCGCGGCGUGGAGAUCCGCGACCUGAGCAGCUCCUUCCGGGACGGCCUGGCCUUCUGCGCCAUCCUGCACCGGCACCGGCCCGACCUGCUAGAUUUUGAUUUACUUUCCAAGGACAACGUCUACGAGAAUAACCGUUUGGCCUUUGAAGUGGCUGAAAAGGAGCUGGGGAUCCCUGCUCUCCUGGACCCCAACGACAUGGUCUCCAUGAGUGUCCCUGAUUGUCUCAGCAUCAUGACCUAUGUGUCCCAGUACUACAACUACUUCUCCAGCCCUGGCCAAGCUGGCGGUGUCUCCCCACCCAGAAAGGACCUGGCCCCCUCCCCGCUGCCCUCAGCAGCGCCCCCCGUGGCGGAACCAGGAGACGAGGUUCAGGGCAAGGUGCUCUCCCCGGGCAGCCUGUCGGAGCAGGCGCCCCAGCGGGCCCCCAGCAGCUCCUGUGCGGCCUGCCAGCAGCACGUGCAUCUGGUGCAGCGGUACCUGGCCGAGGGCAGGCUGUACCAUCGGCACUGCUUCCGGUGUCGGCACUGCUCCAGCACCCUGCUCCCGGGGGCUUACAGGAGCGGGCCCGAGGAGGGCACCUUUGUGUGUGCAGAGCGCUGUACCAGGCUAGGCCCCGGGGGACGGCCAGGGACCAGGCCUGGGCCCCCCUCACAGCCAAAGCAGCAGCAACUCGCAGAAGCAGCCAAGGACAGCGAGGGAGGCUGCCCCAGCCCGCGUGUGGCUGCAGGGCCUGAGGCCGAUGGACCCAAGGCCAGCCCCGAGGACCGGCCACAGAUCCCCACCAAACCCCCGCUUCCCGGCAAACCCCAGGAACUGGCCAACCCCCCGGCCAGCCGGCCCACGCCUGCCCCCAGGAAGCCCUUCGAGAGCACAGCCUUGAUGCCCCCCACGCCCCGGCCCCGGUCCAGCCUGCAGCAGGACAGCCCAGUGGAGCAGGGUGGCAGUGACCUCGUGAAUGGAAGAUUGCAGGACCCUCCUGUCCCCAAGCCGAGAGGGACACCCAAACUGUCAGACAGGACACCAGCCCCCAGGAAGGACCCCCCAUGGAUCACCCUGGUUCAGGCAGAGACAAAGAAGAAGCCAGCCCCGCUGCCUCCCAGCGGCAGCCCUGGGCCACCAAGCCCGGCCCUGGCCAGCAGGCGGGUAGAGAAUGGGGCCGUGCCGGAGGGCCGCGAGCCCAGGCCCUACAACCCCUUUGAGGAGGAGGAGGAGGAAGAGGAGGAGUCUCUCCCUGCGGCCCCCAGCCCGGCCCCCAGCCCUGCCCUGGCCCACCCAGAGUCUACACCCAAGACCCUGCACCCCUGGUAUGGCAUCACCCCCACCAGCAGCCCCAAGACAAAGAAGCGCCCUGCCCCCGAGUGCCCAGCACGUCCCCCCUCGGUGACUCUGCACGCCUCCCGCCUCUCUCGCUCGGAGCCCCCCUCGGCCACACCGUCGCCGGCACUCAGUGUGGAGAGCCUGUCAUCGGACAGCUGCAGCCAGACUGCCCGCGGGGAGCUUCUGGAGCCGCCCGCUGUGCCCAAGAGCUCCUCGGAGCCCGCCGUCCACGCCCCCGAGGCCCCCGGCACCCCUGGGCACUGCGCCAGCCUCUCCGCUGACUCCUCCCUGUCAUCUUCUGGGGAGAUGGUGCAGCCCAGCCCAGAGCGGACACCACAGGCCAGGACCAGGGCCAGCCCAAGUCCCCUGCCAGCCAAGCCCCGCAGCGGCGCCACCCCCACCCCUCUGGUGCUGGUUGGAGACAGGAGCCCUGCACCUUCCCCUGGAAGCGCGUCCCCACAGCUGCAGGUGAAGUCUUCCUGCAAAGAGAAUCCUUUUAAUCGGAAGCCAUCACCCGCAGCAUCACCAACUGCAAAGAAGGCCACCAAGGGAUCCAAGCCAGUGAGGCCACCGGCCCCCGGACAUGGCUUCCCGCUCAUCAAACGCAAGGUCCAGGCUGACCAGUACAUCCCCGAGGAGGACAUCUACGGAGAGAUGGACACCAUCGAGCGCCAGCUGGAUGCUCUGGAACACCGUGGAGUGGUGCUGGAAGAGAAGCUGCGAGGCGGAGCGGACGAGGGCAGUGAGGACGACACGCUGGUGGACUGGUUCAGGCUCAUCCACGAGAAGCACCUGCUGGUGCGGCGGGAGUCAGAGCUCAUCUACGUCUUCAAGCAGCAGAACCUGGAGCAGCGACAGGCCGACGUGGAGUACCAGCUCCGCUGCCUCCUCAACAAGCCGGAGAAGGACUGGACGGAGGAAGAUCGGGGCCGGGAGAAGGUGCUGAUGCAGGAGCUCGUGACCCUCAUCGAGCAGCGCAAUGCCAUUGUCAACUGCCUGGAUGAGGACCGGCAGAGAGAAGAGGAGGAAGACAAGAUGUUGGAAGCCAUGAUCAAGAAGAAAGAGUUCCAGAGGGAGGCUGAACCCGAGGGCAAGAAGAAGGGGAAGUUCAAGACCAUGAAGAUGCUGAAGCUGCUGGGAAAUAAGCGUGAUACAAAGAGCAAGUCCCCUGGGGACAAGAGCUGACAGCGAGGGAAGCUUCUGGGACUGUCUCCUCUGGGAUCCUCAUGGGCUGGAGGGAGCACCCUGCUGCCCUUGGAUCCGUCAAGGGGGAAGGUGACUUAAGGGGCGGGUGUCUCUGGGUGAGCCUCCCCCACUCAGGGUCCUCCGGCUGGUCUGGGCCAAAGAGUUUUCUUCCCUCUUCUCUGCACUCCAGACAGCCGUGACUCAGCCCUGCCCAGUCAGAUUUUGAUGAUUCCAGAUGCUGUGACAGACCCAAAAGGCAAGCAGGGACUCCAGGUCGCAGUGGCCAGGCGGACACUCCACAUGUGGAGGCACUCGCUCCACAUGCCCUGCGAGGCAGGGCAGCUCGGCCCUCCCUCCUCCUCUGGAGGCUCUGGCCUCCCUCUGCCCCUCAACAGGCCACAGUGGGGUGGCCUUUACUGACUUGCUCUGCCCAGCCUGGCUCUGAAUCCGUCUUUCUGUCCAGUGCAGGUGCCCAGAGCCUCAUGUCACCUUGCUCAGGAGCUCUAUUUAUAAAGUCUCCAGUUACGUUCAGAUGAGCUGUGAGUGGCCUGUGCUGGGCCUGGGGGCAGCUCCCUCCUCUCCUCUGACUUCUAGGAGCUCUGCCCGCGUCUUCCCUGUUCCAUGGAAGACUCACUUCCCAGAAGCCACAGUGCCCGGGUGGACGUGCUGGGGCAGUUAGGUGCCUGUUAGCUGCCCCAGUGCUGAGUCCCCUGGGAAGGGCCUAGGGAGGGCGUGCUCCAGGGUGCUGACCCAGGAUAGGCCCAUUUCCGUACAUGCUUGUCACCAGUCUGUCUCCUCUGUUGUAUGUCCCCUCCCAACUCAUUUCCACCCAAGGACUGACGACCACACGCUUACUGGGUGGCCAUGGGAGAGGACAAGUGAUGGGAACGUCACUUUUGCCCAGGGACGUGCGUGGCAGCUCUUGGUCAAAGCACUGUUUCAUAAGCUCUCUGGGGCCUCCAGGCCUCCUCCCUCCAUGCACCUGGGGGACAAGAUUGCACUGUGUUAACUUGGGGACGUUCCUCAACAAGUCCAUGGGGACAGCCUCAGGCCAUGGCCACAUUUGCCAUCUUGCCUGCCUGUGCCACAGCUCCAUGGCCAGGUAUCUGCUUCCCUCAGAGGGUCUGGGACUGUGCUGAGGCUGGCCACCGAGUGGGACCUUGGCCCUCACCGCCUCCUUGUGGCACGAUUCCCUUCCCCUGCAGGGAGGCGAUUCCCGACCCUGGGUAGCUCCUGCCAGUCUCUUGCUGAUGUGCCUGUUGACCUUGAGCUGGGCCCCCUCUAAGGCCUUUCAGGAAUCUGGCAGGUAGCAUACGUGACCUGAGUUGGGUGUAGACUGGGGGAGGACUCCCCCACUGUCAGGGUCCCUCACUGUCCGCUGUAGCCUGUGGGAAUGAAUGUGGACCCAGGGUUGCCCAAUGUUUUCCAUUUUUUUCAGAAGAAACUGGGAAUUCAGAUUUUAUAUGUAAUUCGUGGACGCCUCCUCUGAACUGGUCAAGGUUGGGCUGAAUUUGUCCUGUGGGCCCCUGUUUGGCUGCCUCUGGAUCAUGUGAUGAUGUAGGUGGUGGUAAUGCUGCUGUCACCCUGCAGCUUCUGCUCUGGGCUCUUGUGGGUGUGGACGCACAUAGGGUCCCCAUGUGGGUUCCUGAGCCCGCCCUUGGCUGGCUGCCGCACAGCCACGUUUGUUCUGCACACGAAAUAUGGGUCGAGUGACCUGAUAGGAUUAGUGCCUCCUUCCAGGCUCAGGGGACAGCAGACAGGGGUGAUUUGUGGGGUUAGGAAAAUGACAGAGCCCUGGAGGAGGUGGGCCUUGUGGGCGUCGGAAGCCUGAGGGGAGGGGGCUGAUGUGCUGUGGUGCCAGGCCAGCGUGUGCUCUCCUGGUCAGGUGACUGCUCGCUCCCCUUCAGACCAGGGCUGGCCACAUGCGGGAAUGGAGCUGAGGCUGCUGGUGCCAAGAUCACAUGGCGCCUGCUAGAGCUAGAACUCCAAAGCCAGGGCACGUUUCGUUGCUCCCUCUCAGCUGUGUUUCCUCUGUGGUCUGCAUAAAGCUGACCUAAUCCUGAGAAGGCUGUUUGCUGGUUAAACGCCCUUGAACUUUAGUUUUCACACAGGGAUAAUGAACCCUCACAGCAGUCUUGAGAUCAUUAACUGAAGUUCACCUGCCAUGGCUGCUGGCCAUGGGACACUCAAGAGUGUCAGUUCCCAUCUCCUCUUGAAAUAUGGCAACAGGCAGCUGGAAGCUAUCCGAGUUUGACAAAGUCUUACUCUGAACAAAUAAGCGUUAUCCCUCUGAAAACAAGUGUACAUGGAAUGGCCCACGGCAAAUGUGUUUUAUUGGUCAAUUAAUCAUCGUGGUUAAAUAUUUGCCCCAGGCUACAAGUCAUCUAAUAGGUCCUACGACAGGUGGGAAGAAAGGCAUCCUCUUCAUCCCUAAGUUUGGAAACUAACUGAGCAGGACACAGAAGUGGAGGUGGUGGGAGAAGAGCCGUCAGAGGCCCUCAGACGCAUUUCAGGAGACUUGAAGACUCGGGCCUUUUGCUGCAUCUGGGACUCUCCCCUAGAAAAGGCUUGAAGCCCUGUAAUCAGGUGGCUCAGAGACUCCGUGGCCCCCAGCAUUGCUGAGCAGCAUCUGGAGUACUGUGUCUGUGCCUGGGCCACCACAGGCCAGGACAGUGCCAUGCUGGGCAGCCAUCUGACGUGGCUAUGGCCAGUAUGAGUGGGUAGCCUGGGGUGAUGCUGCCGCGGUCAGGGGUGAGCUGCCCUGCCCGCCUCUGAUUAAGUGGUGGCAAGAGCCUUCCUAAGUUCCUCACUCCUUUUGUGGUCGAUGUCUUCCAUUUCCCGUAGUUUCUGCAGAGGGCAUCAGGGAGGGUCGAUACCAGGGUUAGGAACCUGACGACCAUCAGGAUGAGCUGCGGCUCACCUCCCGAGACCCUCGGCACCACCCACCAUCAGCCUGGGGUUUCCCCUCACAUCUGAUUCCAGCCCUGGGCCCACCCCUUGCCUGAUUUCCAGGCUUUCCUCCUACCUGGGAGAUCUCAGUGAGGACAAUGCCCUGGUAUUUUUUGCCCUGCCCCAGGGCCUCCAUGGCAUCCAGGAAUUCUUUCCUCUCCUGAAUUUCCUUCACAACUAGACAGAGGGAAAGGGCUGUCAGAGCGGGGGUCCUGGGGGUCGCAGGCUCUGUGGGGUGUGUGGCGGGGGAGGCAGGGGUUCUGCCCCGCCCCAGUGACUCACGUUCUUCAAAGCGAUCGGGCUCAGGGGCUGGGUCCUUCUGCUGCGCAGGGGCAGCCUUUUUUUUCCAUUCUGGUGGCUCCUUCCCAGUGGCAAAGAUACUCUGGAGUCUUCGUUUCUCCUUCUCCAGAUCUCCUGUAGGGCCAGAAAUGGCCUGGCUGAGGCAUGAAGGUCUCCCCACUCACGUGUCCCAGUGGGCACACAGCCUGUCUGGCAAGGGACAGGGCUUCUGCAGACGCAGCAGCCUCUCCUGGGUGCUCCCGAGCUUGUCAAGUUAAGAUAGUCUCCAGCCCCUGCCCCAGCCGAAGUGGGUGGCUUCAACUCACUGGUGGCUCGAGGCUUGAACUGCUCGCGGCUAUAGGCCCCGUUGGCUCGGCACAGGCUGGCAGGCCGGAGGUGAGACCGGGCUGCCAGGGUGAGAGGCAGGUAGGUGGCUGGUGGCCGCUGCUUGGAAGGUGCGCCCUGCUGGCUGGAUGUUGGGCUGCACUGUAGCGGCAGAGAGUCUCCUCCUGGGGAUGGAAGGGUCUCGUGGCCUUUUUUUUUUUUUUUUUUUUUAAUAAAAGUGACAUCUUCUUACAAGUCAAAUGGUGCAGCAGUCUUCUUGUCCCCACCAAGCCCACCCCUCUCUAAAGAGCAGUGGUAACAACAAUUUGGUGGUCUCUUUGCUUUUUGAUGCUUAUAUAAACAGGCUCAAAAAUGUGCACAUAUAUUUUUUAUGUGCACAUAAGAUUCUUUUUUCAAACACUGGAUCAUAUUGUAUAAUGGUCAAUAACAGUCCCUUUUCACAUAACAAUUUAUUGUGAACAUCUUUCCAGAAAAAUCCAUUUAUAUAUAACUUAUUUUUUAUAGCUAUAUACUAGUCAUUACAAUGGUUACCUUAUUUAUUCAGCUAGUCUCCUAGUUUUGGAAAUUCAACUUGUUUCCAGGUUUUCUGUUGGUCUUUUACUACUACAAACAAAGCUGCAAUAAACACUCUGUACACUGAG